AUAAAUAAAAUAUUUGCUCCACAAGCAAGAUCUAGAACUUUCUUCCAUUUUUCUUAACCAAAAAUCUCUUCUUAUAUUUUUGACCCUUUGGGCACCAAAUCCACAGCUUCCCACGGGUCCUUAAUUAAACACACUAUUAUCCACUUCAUAUAACGGCUUCAACGACUUUCCCAAAAGAGGUAAAAAAAAAACUGCAUACAUACAGUUAAUAGCUCUAAGAAAGCAGAAGCAGAAUCAGAAGCAGCCAUUAAAGCUUUCAAAUUUUCUUUCUUUUUUUCAUAUCUUUCACAGUUUUCUUUCUCUUCUUUUCAUUUAUAUGCUGUUGACUUUUAGCUACUGAUUCUCAUAAGGACAUACUUUUUUUAUUUUAUUUUUUGAAAAAAAAAACCCAUUUGAGUUCUUGGUAUGUUUGACCUAUAUUUCAAUUCAUUAGUUCCUAAUAUCGAAUUGUUCGAUCAAAACCCAUCUGACCCAUUAAGGCCAUUGAACAAAGUAACCAAAACCCAAGAAAAGUUUUGUGAGUGGCAGUUUCAAGGUAUGAAUUUUUUAUACCCAGUUAAGGAGGAGUACCCUAGUAGUGGUGGGUCGUCUAGCUCUUCACAGUUUACUAUUGGCGGUGAGUCACAGCCACUUACGAUGCCUCCGCCUCAGCCAAUGGAAGGCCUCCACGAUGUGGGUCCUCCACCAUUUCUGACCAAGACAUAUGACAUGGUGGAUGACCCAUCGACCAAUCGGAUAGUGUCUUGGAGCAAAGAUGGUACCAGCUUUGUCGUUUGGGAUCCUCAUGCCUUCGCUCUGAAUCUCCUUCCCAGAUACUUUAAGCACAAUAAUUUCUCAAGUUUUGUUAGACAGCUCAAUACUUAUGGGUUUAGAAAAAUCGAUGCAGAUAGAUGGGAAUUUGCGAAUGAAGGGUUUAUCAGAGACCAAAAACAUCUUUUGAAAAGCAUCAGGAGGAGAAGAGCCUCUUCUCAGCCUUUUCCUCAUGAACAACAGGCAUUAGGUCCAUGCGUGGAAGUGGGCCGUUUUGGGCUCGAUGCUGAAAUUGACCGUUUGAGGCGAGACAAGCAAGUUUUGAUGAUGGAGUUGGUCAAGCUGAGACAACAACAGCAGAACACUAGAGCUUAUCUUCAAGCUAUGGAGCAAAGGUUACAAGGUACAGAAAUGAAGCAGCAGCAAAUGAUGGCUUUCUUAGCUAGAGCAAUGAAAAACCCAGCUUUUCUUCAGCAGUUACUUCAACAGAAAGAGAGGAGAAAAGUCAUUGAGGAAGCCAUGACUAAGAAAAGAAGAAGGCCUAUUGAUCAAGGGCCUAGCAGUAGGUCCAGUGGGAUUGAAACAAGUCAUGGCUCAAUCAAAGUUGAGCCUCUUGAGAGUAGUGAUUAUGGUUUUGAAGUUUCAGAGCUGGAAGCUUUGGCAUUUGAGAUGCAAGGUUUUGGGAAACUGCGAAUGGAGCAGGAGGAAGGAGAUGAAGAACUUGAGCCACCAGAGAGUGGGGACAGAGAACUUGAUGAUGGGUUUUGGGAAGAGUUGUUUAGUGAGGAUGCUAAAGGGGUUGAAGAUGAAGAUGUUAAUGUGUUAACUGAUCAUUUUGGUUGCUUGGGUUCAAGUCCUAGAGAACAAGAGGAACUCAGAGAUAGAAGAUUAUUGGUGGAAAUUAUCUUGUUUCUUCUGGUAGGUUGCAAGCGUUGGUUUGGACAAGAGGCUAUGGCAGCUUUAAAUUUAUCGUAUCUAAUGAUAAGUUAUAUUUAUAAGUUUUUGUUUCAUUUCACUAUCCUAGAAAGAAAAAGAAAACAGAAAGAAAGAAAGAAAGAAAGAAAGAAAAAAAAACUCAGCUUUAAAAUCCCAUGUACUAUUCCAUGUUUGUAAUUUCUUGCUCCUUUUGUUUUUGGCUCUCAAAUGAAUGUAGAUUGUAGAAAAAAGCUGUUGAUGAUCUGGACUAAAGAUGUACCUGCGAGCUCCAAGAACUACAACUGAAUUUUGUUUUUGUCAUCCAAAGUUGAAGUUGGUUGUUGAGAUUAUAACAAUGUAGAUUUUUUCAUGCCAUGGCAAAUAUGGUCCUCAACAAUCGUUUUCAUCUGCUGUACAUCAAGUGAUCUGAAACUCAAACGUGGUAAUGUAUUGUUUAAACUAAUAACCAAACAAAUGAAUGUGUUUGUUAAUGCCGUUAUCAGAUUUUGAAGAUGACCAACAACAACACGUGCUGCGGUAUCAUUGUGAGUUAAGAUAUUAUAUAAAAGCUUUGGUUUUUAAAUUCUUUGGUUGCAAUGGGAUAUUUAAGUAGGAUUAUACAUACACACAAGUGAGUACUUAAGGAUGUGUUAGCAGAAAGUGUAGAGGGAAUGGGAAUAACUUUUUUGCUCGAGUUGCAGUAAUGAGUGAGUGUUAAGGCUGUGUGAACAAAAACCAGUAGAGGUAAAUAUUUAUUUAGAUUUUAGAAUUGGUUUACAACCAUUUUAUUAAUAGUUAACUCAAUAUAGUGUUAUAACAUCUAAUAGUGAGGUUACAUAGAAUCACACUUAAGAGUUUUCAAUAUACAAACAUAAGGUUUCAUUUCAUGUUAGAACGUCUUGUUUUGAGUGAUUUUUCAAUGCACUGUUUGUUUAUAAGCGCUCUCGUUUGAGCAGACGUUCUAAAGAAUACUAGACAAAGUUACGUGGGAUCAUUGCACCAUAUAAAGUCCUGUUUGGCUUGAGUUUUUGCUUCGGCUUUUAGCUUCUUAAGAAGCUAAACUCUAAGAAAACUAUUAAAGUUUGCUUCUGUUAAAAGAGCAUUUUAGAGCUAAAAGCUGAAACUUACUUGUAACCCAACCAGCAGCUGUUAAAGCGCUUUAAAAAACCCAUCCAACCAGGGUCAAAGUAACUUUAGUCUAGUCUUUUUGAAGCGUUUUCGUCAAAGAGAGCCCUGCAGUGCUAGAAUAUCGAUUAGUUUGUUGUGAAUAUGAUAGAGAUGUUACCAAACAGAAAAAACAUAGACUAUAUCACGUAAGAAUCAAACAACAAACGAAAACAUUAUUUUCUCUGCAUUGUUUGUAAGAUCUCCCUCUGUUUUGAGCAGCUGUUCUACAUCGCCAUAUAAAGUUACUGUUCGUGCUUCCUGUUCUUUUGUGUUUCGGAGCUAUACUGUUUAAGAAUUUCAAGAAAAUGGUAUGUAAAGAGUUCAUUGUAAUAUUAUUUUUAUUAUUACUAGGGUGAAAAGAAUGAGCCUGAUUGAUGAAAGGAAACUGAAACUGAAGCUGCAAUGUAAUGUAAUGUAAUGAAAGUGAAAGAAAAGACAUAAACUGAUCACAGCAAAACUUUCAAAAACACAUUACAAAUGCAAGUGUUUGUAAUGUGUGACAUCUAGUACCUCACAUUACAAACAAGCAAAUGUUCAGUUUCUUUCCAUAUCAAGCCUUUCAAAACAUCAAGCACCUCCAUUUCAGUACUGUAUAUUAUAUGAUUCAAUUCAAUUCAUAUAAUUGUAUGAUUUGAGACAUUUGACC